AGGAGCUGCUGCGUCAGGUCGUCCUCCCCGCCGCUCGUCCAGCAUCCAGCCCUUAGUGAGACACCUCCUCUGCUCCCUGUCACCGUGUCACCAGCAAACAUGGAGCACGCCGCGCUGUAAACUGAGGUUUCUGCACGUGUACGCAGCGUUCGAGAGGUUAGCAGUCUGGAGGAGCUCAUCAUGAUGUCCUCUUACUACCACCCUGCCAAGGAGGCAGACAUGGCGGCCAUGACGGAGCCGCUGUGCCUGGAGAGAGAUGUGUGCAGGGUGAUCGAGCUGCUGGACCGUCUGCAGCGGAGUGGUGAGCUGCCUCCUCCCAAACUGCAAGCCCUGCAGAGAGUCCUCCAGAGCAAAUUCUGUGCUGCCAUCAGAGAGGUAUAUGAGCAGCUCUAUGACACUCUAGACAUUGUUGGAGGACCGGAGGUGCGAGCACAAGCAACUGCCAAGGCCACAGUGGCAGCCUUUGCAGCCAGCGAGGGCCACGCCCACCCAAGGGUGGUGGAACUGCCCAAGACAGAAGAGGGUCUGGGCUUUAACAUCAUGGGGGGAAAAGAGCAGAACUCCCCCAUCUACAUCUCCAGAGUGAUCCCUGGAGGGGUGGCUGACCGCCAGGGAGGGCUAAAGAGAGGAGACCAGCUGCUGUCUGUCAAUGGAGUGAGCGUUGAGGGGGAGCACCAUGAAAAGGCUGUGGAGCUGCUGAAGGCCGCCCAGGGUUCAGUCAAGCUGGUAGUGCGCUACACCCCGAAGGUCCUGGAGGAGAUGGAGGCUCGCUUUGAGAAGAUGAGGAGCGCCCGGAGACGACAGCAGCACACCAGCUACUCCCUAAACUCAACACUUGCAGCCGAUACUACCAGCGAGGCGAGUUGUAUCAGCGCGAGGAAAGAUGACGGAAGAAGAGCAACAGCAUUUGGUGAGCAAAUUAGGCAGAACAAAUUCCGUCGUGUGGGAACACUUUGGAUAUGAGGCAUCUGACGUGGAACAAAACAAUAAAAUUUGCUACAAGGUGGUGUCUGUACCACAUGGCAAAACAUCAAAUCCUUUUAAUCAUCUCAACUUUAAACACAAAGUGGCCUAUGACUAACUAAUAAAAAAACAAAAGGAGAGAAGGACAGCCCCGCAACGCAGCCAUUAGUUAAAGACACAUAAUAAAAAGAAUUAAAUUAAGAAAUUAAAGCUCAGUGGGAAAAGUAUUAACAGAAAUUCAAGUUCCACUGUUUACAGAGGGUUUUUUUAUGUUCAAUAAAUGCAACAUGUUUGCAAAGUCAAUGAGUAAUCGUGGUAAGUAAUCGUGAUUUCAGUAGUGACCAAAAUUACGUUGAUUAUGCUUUUUGCCAUAAUCGAGCAGCCCUAGCUUAUAUAUCAUAAAUCACACACUAGGCUCAGAGGUCUUUGCAAUCUGUGCAGCAUACAACAGCCAAUGUCCUUUGAUCCUAAGUUCUGAUAAGUCUAUAACCCUCCCGAAAACUUUAAGCCUUUGAAACCUGGAUCAACAUCAGUUUUCUUGUGCUGCAUUCAGACACCUUUUACAAGUAGAAAGACGAGUAAAUCGGUUUGAUUUCCUCCAAAACACGGGCUAAAAAGCAAUAAGCUGCUUGGGAUG